ACGUCUGAAAGAUUUUAUUUCAUUAGACAAAAAUUAUAAAUUUAUUCGAACAUUAAAAAACAAUUUUGAUUUGAACAAAAUGUCUCAGUUCAAUUUCUUUAACGAAAUUAAUAGUGCACUUACCAUGGAUGGGGAGAUCACUCGUGGACCUGCUCCUCGGUGGCAAAAGAAAUUGGAAGCAUCCACCGCUAGUUUAAAUGGCAGCAUAAAUGCUACACGUUCCGUACUUUCGGUCUCAUAUAACACCAGUUUUUCAGGUGUUAAUCCACCCACAAAAACACCGGGCAAAAAUGCUGAGGGCAAAACAAAGAAGACACCAACACCAAACAAAGGUUCUAAGACGCCAGGCGGAGGUGACAGAUUUAUACCCAAUCGUGGAACUACAAAUUUCGAAUUAGGUCAUUAUUUAAUAAAACAAGAACAGGACAAAUCGGAAAAUGACGAAGAGAAUGAAAGCAAUUCUAAUAAUGCCAACAAAAUGACGCCAGCUAAGGCUGAAAGGCAAAAAUUAAUAUCAGAUUCUAUGCAAGUAGUUGAUGGUAAAACUACACGAAUUCUAUCGUAUCAAAAUAAGGCACCAGCGGCCCCAGAGUCUCAUAUUAAUCCCUUGAAGGUAGUUUAUUCCAUUAAAACUCCGAUAUCGACUAAAAGUGGUUCACGUUAUAUACCCACUACAUCCGACCGCAUUUUGGAUGCUCCGGACAUUAUUAAUGAUUAUUAUCUAAACCUGUUGGAUUGGAGAGCGGACAACAUAGUAACAGUAGCUUUGGGAAAUGCGGUUUAUCUUUGGAAUGCUGUUACCGGUAAUAUUGAACAAUUAGUGGAAUAUGAGGAGGGAGAUCACGCUUGUGCUUUAGCCUGGAUUCAAGAGGGACAAAUUUUAGCCAUUGGUAAUAAUACUGGAGCUGUGGAACUAUGGGACUGUUCUAAAAUAAAACGCCUACGUGUUAUGGAUGGCCACUCGGCACGUGUGGGCUCUUUAGCUUGGAAUUCAUUUUUGGUGUCAUCUGGAAGUCGUGAUGGCACUAUUAUACAUCACGAUGUCAGGGCCCGGGAACAUAAAGUAGCUAAUCUGGCUGGACAUACCCAGGAAGUAUGCGGUCUUAAGUGGUCUACUUCUUCUAAAAGAAGAAAUUUGCUAAUUUGAAUUAUAUAAAUUAAUAAAAAUUUAACCAUUG